AUGGCGAUUGCCCGGUCGUCAUUGGCGCUUUCCUUGCCCUUCAUUCUCAUCAGCACCGAACGGAUUUAGUCUUGAGCUCCUGGAAGUGGUGUCAACGAGCACGAGCGCCUUGGCUGGCUGUUGCGCCAGGCCAGCUCAUGCAGGAUGUUGUCAGCUAUUUCAGUGUGUUGGUCGCUCUAACACACUGGGGUUCCUUUGGAGGUCAGCGGUGGUGGCGUGCCUCUUCCUCCCCAUGAGGACCAAAAAGAUCUACCGGGGCAGCUCUCCAGACUCCAAGGUAAUCGCCAUGCCUCAGCCAAAGGUUGUCGACAUGGGCUCUGCCUUCAUCCAGACGCAGCAGCUCAACGCCGCCAUGGCCGACACCUUCCUGGAGCACAUGUGUCUGCUGGACAUCGACUCCAAGCCCACCACCGCUCGCAACACUGGCAUCAUCUGCACUAUUGGGCCAGCUUCUCGCUCUGUGGACAUCCUGAAGGAAAUGAUCAAGUCCGGCAUGAACAUUGCACGCUUGAACUUCUCCCACGGCACACACGAGUACCAUGCUGAGACCAUCAAGAAUGUCCGUGAGGCAUGCGAGAGCUUUGAGCCCGGCAGCAUCCAAUACCGACCAAUCGGAAUCGCCUUGGACACAAAGGGCCCAGAGAUCAGAACAGGCCUCAUCGACGGGAGCGGCACGGCUGAGGUCGAGCUGAAGAAGGGCAACAUGAUCAAGAUCACCUUAGAUGACAGCUACCAGGACAAAUGCAGUGAAGAGAUGCUGUGGCUGGACUACAAGAACAUCACCAAAGUGGUGGAAUAUGACAGCAAUAUCUACAUUGACGAUGGACUCAUAUCACUGCAGGUCAAGGAGAUUGGCCCUGACUUCCUCAUGUGCGAGAUUGAGAACGGCGGCACCCUGGGCAGCAAGAAGGGCGUCAACCUGCCUGGCGCCGCCGUGGAUCUGCCCGCCGUCUCCGAAAAGGACAUCCAGGAUCUGACGUUCGGCGUGGAGCAGGGCGUCGACAUGGUGUUCGCCUCCUUCAUCCGCAAGGCCGCCGACGUCCAGGCGGUCAGGGCCGUGCUGGGCGAGAAAGGCAAGAACAUCAAGAUCAUCAGCAAGCUGGAGAACCACGAGGGCGUCCGCAGGUUCGAUGAGAUCAUGGAGGCCAGCGAUGGCAUCAUGGUUGCCCGCGGUGACCUUGGGAUUGAGAUCCCCACCGAGAAAGUCUUUGUCGCCCAAAAGAUGAUGAUUGGCCGAUGCAACAGAGCCGGCAAGCCCAUCACCUGUGCCACUCAGAUGCUGGAGAGCAUGAUCAAGAAGCCGCGACCCACCCGCGCCGAGGGCAGCGACGUGGCAAACGCCGUGCUGGAUGGAGCCGACUGCAUCAUGCUGAGCGGUGAGACCGCAAAGGGAGACUACCCCCUGGAAGCUGUGCGCACACAACACAUGAUUGCCCGUGAGGCAGAGGCGGCCACUUUCCACAGGCAGCUGUUUGAGGAGCUGCGGCGCCACUCCCACCUGACCAGAGACCCAUCUGAGGCGGUGGCCGUCGGAGCCGUGGAGUCUUCUUUCAAAUGCUGCGCUAGUGCCAUUAUUGUUCUCACCAAGACCGGGAGGUCCGCCCACCUUAUAUCCAGAUACAGGCCCCGUGCCCCCAUCCUGGCCGUGACCCGUAACGCCCAGACUGCUCGCCAGGCUCACCUGUACCGCGGGAUCUUUCCAGUCCUCUACACUGCCCCUGCCCACGAUGUGUGGGCCGAGGAUGUCGACAUGCGUGUCAACUUCGCUAUGGAUAUGGGCAAAGUGAGAGGCUUCUUCAAGGAGGGCGACGUUGUCAUUGUACUGACCGGCUGGCGUCCAGGCUCCGGCUUCACCAACACCAUGCGUGUGGUUUUGGUCCCCUGAGAAGCCAAAACAAAGGGCCCACUCCAUCGCUGCCUGUUCUGUUUCACACUCCACCAUUCUACCCAGUCCACCAUUCUAUCCAAACACCUGCUACAAAAAUUACAAAGCAUUCUAGGCAAUCAAAAGCAACAAUAAUCAUAGACCAAAAUGUCAGGACAACCAAUGGGUGGCGUGGAAUUUCCACUUCCUAAGUCCAUUCCUUUCACGUUAAAUUUCCCUUGUAUAAAAAUCAAAUCGUCAGGCACCCAACCAGUUCGACAUGCUUCAAUCAAAAGCUGCUCUUAUUUAGUCACUCGAGAUGCUUCUAUUAAACAACAUCCUCCCAGUCAAAUCGGCAGAUCCUUGUGCAUGCGCGUCGCCACUAUCGUUUGGGUGGCGCCGCAUGAACACGAGCGGUUCCAACGAACCGCCCCGAGACCGAAUAAGCGAACAAACAAAAUGGCGUCCUCACAUUCUGCCACGCCACCCAAUCCAGAUUGUUGUUAGUGCUGUGUGUGUGUGGCUCAAGUGUCUUUGCUUUCACUGUGUGUAGCACUCCUAAUCUUGUUACAGUCUAUUAUACUUGACUAUUAUAAAUGGUGUUUUUUUGGGGGGACAUUCCAGUCUUAUUUUGUCUGACUCUAAAGAGUAGGAGUGUCCCUUGUCGGAGCUGGUUACUGUAUUUAAGUUAGAUGUCAGAUAGAGCCUUUCACGUGUAGUUGAUCAUGUUUAAGUUGGCACUUAGAAGUCUCAAAAAAAUUAAAAUGGCACUUUGAGGGGGUUGCGAACUUGCGAUGUUGGUUGCAGCUGAUGAUUGGUAACAAAAGUCAAGAUUUUUUAUUUUUUUGUCUUUGUUGCUAUUGUCUGACAAGCUUUUGAUUGUUACACUCAAGCUAUAAGCGCCAAGUGGUCAUGUGUCGCUAGUUGUUGUCACCUGACUGGAUUUCAUCAAUAAAUAGGCAAGUACCUAAA